AUGAUGGUGAUCCGAGUCAACUACGUGUAUCUCAGUGUCCGGCGUACUGCAGCGCGCUGGCUCGAGAGGGCACUGCCGGUGCUCGAAGCUACCUUGGGCCCUGACCCCUCGACGACAACGCGAGCUGCGUCGUGCCUGGGCAACAUCUACCUCUUCACGGGCCAACUUUACAAGUCGCUCACCGAGCGCCUCGCGGCGACUGCGGAGCAGACGCUCGGGCCCGACAACAGCGACACCAAUGUGCACAAGAUGAGCGUCGCAGCGCUCGAGCUCAUGACUGAGAGCGUACCAGAGGCCACGUCGCUUCUCCUCCGACUCGAAGCGUCUUUGGUCAAGUGCCCCAAGCUCACGCACCAGCUUCGUGAUG